CUACUUCCGUGUUUUCCAAGCAUUACGGUAACGUGAGGUAGGCGUUGGAAUGUACCAUUCCGCAAACACACCGGGAGGGAUUGUGUUGUGACAGCGGAGUAACAACCCGGCGGGGGUGACGGUCAUAACAGGUUUUUUCAUCUCGGAUCAACAAUGGCCUUCAGUAAGGGAUAUCGCAUCUACCAUAAGCUGGACCCACCCCCCUACAGUGUCAUAGUGGAGACUAGGACCAGGGAAGAAUGCCUCAUGUUUGAGUCGGGGGCUGUCGCCGUCCUGUCGGCGGCAGAGAAGGAGGCCAUUAAAAGCACGUACACCAAGAUCGUCGAUGCUUACGGGAUCCUCGGCGUUCUCCGCCUAAAUCUUGGUGACUCCAUGCUCCACAGUUUGGUGGUCGUGACAGGAUGCAGCUCUGUGGGGAAGGUGCAGGAUUCUGAGGUUUUCAGAGUCACACAGACAGAUUUCAUAUCACUAAAGAAUGAUCCAGGAGACGAGGACCGGAUCGCUGAGGUGCGAAAGGUUCUGAACUCAGGACACUUCUACUUUGCCUGGUCUGCCUCUGGAGUCAGCAUGGACUUGAGUCUCAACGCACAUCGCAGAAUCCUAGAAGACACUACAGACAACCGUUUUUUCUGGAACCAAUCUUUGCACCUGCACCUGAAACACUAUGGAGUUAACUGUGACGACUGGCUGCUGAGGCUGAUGUGUGGCGGUGUGGAGAUCAGGACCAUCUAUGCAGGGCACAAACAGGCCAAGGCCUGCAUCUUCUCCCGCCUCAGCUCCGAGCGAGCCGGCACGCGAUUCAACGUCCGAGGAACGAACGACGAUGGACAGGUGGCCAACUUUGUGGAGACUGAACAGGUUAUUUUCCUGGAUGACAAAGUCUCAUCGUUCAUACAGAUCCGUGGGUCCAUUCCUCUUUUCUGGGAACAGCCAGGAAUCCAGGUUGGCUCUCAUCGUGUCAAACUCUCAAGGGGAUUUGAGGCAAAUGCUCCAGCAUUCGAAAGACACUUCACUGCACUGCGGAGGCUGUACGGCAAACAGGUGAUCAUCAACCUGCUCGGGAGUAAGGAAGGGGAACACAUGCUCAGCAAAGCUUUUCAGAGUCACCUGAAGGCCUCAGAGCAUGCAGCAGCAGUGAAGAUGGUGAACUUUGACUACCAUCAAAAUGUGAAGGGAGGCAAGGCAGACAAACUGCACAGUGUCCUCAAACCUUACCUCAGCAAGUUCAUAGAAGAGUGCGGCUUCUUCUACUACACAGGAGAGACGGGAAUCACAAGGACUCAGGGUGGGACCAUUAGGACCAACUGUCUGGACUGUUUGGACAGAACCAACAGUGUUCAGGCCUUUUUUGCCCUUGAGAUGCUGCCAAAGCAGCUGGAGGAAAUGAGCCUGACAGAGAAACCCCAGCUGGUGGCCAGGUUCCAGGAGGUUUUCAGGACAAUGUGGUCUGCCAACGGAGACUCUGUCAGUAAGAUCUACGCUGGCACUGGUGCCCUGGAUGGCAAGGCCAAGGCGGGGAAGCUAAAAGAUGGAGCUCGUUCUGUGACCAGGACCAUCCAGAACAACUUCUUUGACAGCUCUAAGCAGGAGGCCAUAGACAUCCUGAGGCUGGGCUCCACACUCAACAGUGAUUUGGCCGACAAAGCUCGGGCCUUGCUCACCACUUCCAGUCUUUACGUCACUGAGCCCGUCUUACAAUCAGCUUCCCCGAGAGUACUGCUUGGAAUGUGUCAGAACUACCAUAAAUACACAAAGCCCAAGCAGAUACGGGUGUGCGUCGGCACCUGGAACGUCAACGGCGGUAAACAGUUUCGCAGCAUUGCUUUCCGCAACCAGACGCUCAACGACUGGCUGCUGGACGCUCCAAAGAAGGCGGGACAUCCCGAGUUCCAGGACAGCAAAGCCAACCCCAUAGAUAUCUUUGCCAUCGGUUUUGAGGAAAUGGUUGAACUGAAUGCUGGGAACAUUGUCAGUGCCAGCACCACUAACCAGAAACUUUGGGCAGCUGAGCUACAAAAAAACAUAUCGCGAGACCAUAAGUAUGUGCUGCUGGCCUCUGAGCAGCUGGUGGGAGUGUGUCUGUUUGUUUUCAUCCGCCCUCAGCACGCCCCCUUCAUCAGGGAUGUUGCUGUCGAUACUGUAAAAACGGGAAUGGGUGGGGCUACAGGCAAUAAAGGAGGCGUGGCCAUCCGCCUGCUAUUCCACACCACCAGCAUCUGCUUCGUCUGCUCCCACUUCGCUGCCGGCCAGUCACAGGUCAAGGAGAGGAAUGACGACUACAGCGAGAUCACACGCCGACUCAGCUUCCCCAUGGGUCGUCUGUUGUACUCGCACGACUAUGUUUUCUGGUGUGGAGACUUUAACUAUCGAAUCAGCCUGCCCAACGAGGAAGUAAAAGAGCUCAUCAAACAGCAGAACUGGGAUGCCUUGACAGCCGGGGACCAGUUACUCGACCAAAAGAAUGCUGGUUUGGUUUUCCGAGGUUUUAUUGAGGGGAAGUUAGAUUUUGCCCCCACCUAUAAGUAUGACCUCUUCUCAGAAGAUUAUGACACCAGUGAGAAGUGCCGCACACCAGCCUGGACUGAUCGCAUCCUCUGGAAGAGGAGGAAGUGGAACUUUGACAAAACAGCUGAAGAGCUGAAUGUAGUAGGGGCAGCUUCUACAUUUGCAGAGAAUGAGGAUGAUCCAGAUCACCCCUGGAGCCCUGGGACUCUCAAGUACUAUGGCAGGGCUGAGCUUAAGACCUCAGACCACAGGCCUGUGGUGUCGAUCAUAGACGUAGACAUUCUGGAGGUCGACCCGGAGGCUCGGCACCAGGUUUACAAAGACGUCAUCGCCCUGCAGGGGCCUCCGGACGGCACCAUCCUGGUGUCACUCUGCUCCUCCGGCCCUGACGACUACUUUGAUGAUGCGCUCAUAGAUGAGCUGCUGGACAAGUUUGCUCAGUUUGGAGAGGUCAUCCUCAUCAGGUUUGUUGAGGAGAAGAUGUGGGUGACCUUCCUGGAAGGUUACUCUGCUCUGGCCGCUCUGUCUCUGAGUGCUUCCACUGUUCUUGACAAGGUGAUUGACAUCCGUCUCAAGAGUCCCGGCUGGAUCAGGAGUCUGGAGGAGGAGAUGAGCGUAGAGAGGAUCUGUGGAAGCAUCCCCACCUCGGCAAGCUCCACCCUGCUCGCAGAGGACACAGACAUGGGCGACGAUGAUUACGAUAUGGAAGGUGAUGUGGAUGAUGAGGUGGAGGAAUUCCUCCCCCAGCACCUGCAGCCUGGAGCAGGCUCCGGCCCCGGAUCCUCCCCUCUCCCCUCCCCACGCACCAGUCCCUGUCCCUCCCCAACCCACGGAGAACCUUCAGCCCCCAGCAGACCGAGUCGUGGACAGCCCUCCCGACCUCCACAAGAUUUAAGUCCAGCAUCAGUGAGGAGAGAACUUCCAGGUCCUCCUGUUGACUUCCAGCCCGGUGCCCCCACAUCUCAAGGCGUGGAGCCCAAACGCCCGCCUCCACCUCGACCCCAAGCCCCUCCUGCCAGACCAGCACCCCCUCAACGCCCACCACCACCUUCAGGAGGCAUGAGUCCUCUGCCAGUUAGAAAGGACUCUGGAGGACCAAAAAGCCCCGCUCUUCCCCGGCCAGACGCCGCUGCAGGUCGAGGUCAGACAGCAGUGGGAGCUCCUGGACCUGGUGGCGCUUCGAGACCAAAUAUCCCACCUCGAGCUGGGGUAAUCAGCAUACCCCCACAGUCUCGCCCACCACCUCCCUCUCACCCUGGAGCACCCAGACCUAUCCCAGAGGUCCAUCCCGGGGCCCCUCGGCCCAUCCCAGACACCCAUCCAGGAGCCCCGAGACCUGUGCCCAGUGCACAGCCCAAGCCGACUGACCUGCCUUUGGGUCCUCCACUCUCAGGACCACCUCCUGCAGAGCCCCCUGCGAUGAGACCCCAGGUUCCAUCUCCCAUGCAGCCUCCCUUGCAGCCCCAACCAGCUGCCCCUCCAGCUCAGUCCCAGCUCCCACCGCCGAUGCAGCCCACACUUCCAGCUCCGCUCCAGCCGCAGCAAGCUGCAGCUCCUAAAGCAGGUCCUCCUCCUCCUGCUGCUGCUGCUGCUGCUGCCACCGCCCCCCCUGCAGGGCCUCCACAGGGUCUAGCCUCUCCUAAACCUCCACCACGUUCCCGCUCCUCUCACGCUCUGCCACCUGAUGCUGCCAAGUCUGACACGGCCCCAGCUGCACAGACCAAUGGACUGAAUGGAAUCCAAAGAGAAGCACAAUGGAAGCCCGAUCCCUUUGACACACUCGCAUCUGACUUCCUCACUUCUUCCUCGUCCCCCUGGCACACCACCCAGUCCCUGACCCGAGGUUCCUCUCUGCGUACGCCCCCCUCCGUCCCUGUGUCCAUGGUGUCCUCCAGCACUCUCCCUUCAUCCUUCUCCCUCCAGUCCUCCGCUCUGUCAGACCUGCAGGCACUCAAUUCGUCCUCCUCUUCCUCGCUCUCCACUCCGUCACCGUUCGCCUCCUCCCUGCUCCCGCCUCCUCCGAUCCCGUCUCGUAGCCGCUCGCAGGAGACACUGCGUGCCUCCCCCGGGCCCUUACAGAGUGACCCGCUUCCUGCCCGACCCAGCAGCACCAAUCCCUUCACGGGCCCAAUGGUGCAGCAGCGCUCGCUUACCCCGGACUUCAGUAUCCAACGUCCGGCCCCAGCGCUAAACCUUCAGCGGACUAUGUCUGCUCUCACGCAGCCACUCGUCCCCAUCCCUGCUGCUGCACCCACCUCCCAACCCCAAAGGACCAUGUCCCUGUUUGGAGCGCCAUCCACUCUGGUUCCUACACCUGCUCCUCGGCUCCCCCUCACCCCCGAACCGUCUCCUGUCCCCGCCUUGCCUCUGGCACCGCCCUCCUCCAUUCCACCCACCCUUGCACCUCGUCGCCAACCGCCUCCCCCAGGAGGGAAACCAACCCAGCAGUGGGUCACUUUCGAUGAUGACUUUCUACCUUCAACCAAAACACAGCAGGCCCCCAUCUUCCCUUCCACUUCUCUGGUGUCCCAAACUCAGACUCUGCCUUCCCGCUCCGUGUUUGACUCGGAGCCCGACUGGUUAUCCUCCACCCCUUCAGUAUUCCCAACCUUACCUCCACCCAUCCCAAGUAGAACCAGUAACCCAAAGCUCCCAGAGGGACCCAAUGACGACUGCUUCUUCACCAGGGAGUCAACGGAAAGAUAGGAUUCUUAUUAUGUAAAGGGCAUAUCCAGAUAUGUAUAGAUCUAUAAUAAAUGUGUAUAUGUGUGUGUGCAUUGUACAAAAGAGACAGUAUUUAAGAAGUAAAGAGCAAUCCCCUUCUGGAUUACAGGAAAGGAUUUCUAUCAGCAGAAACGUGAGAAGUGUACGAGCCUACAGUUGUGUCCUGACUUUAUCACAGAGAUGUUUGCUUGUUCCCUGAUAUUAACAUUUAUUUUAAUAUGAAUCCUUCUGACGUUUAUUUUUAUUUAUGGCAGCAAACAUGUGCCUGUGUCUACAGUAUAUAGUUCUAUAAAGUACAUCUGUACACACGAUUAAUGUGUGUAAGACACCUGUGCAAUAUCAAGACACGCCCCGUGUGGCCGCGCAGAGUGCCGCAUCCGCCUGCGAGCUUUCACCGGGAAUCAGUGUUACCUUUGCAUCCGCUACACCAGCCGACACGCUGCGGCUCAUAUCCACCAAUCUGACCAACAUGUACAUCAGAGCGGGGUUCUCAGAACAGAGGGUAAAUCUACUACUUUCUCAGUUUGGUCAGUUUACAUGCAGCAGGAGGCUAUGCACUGCAGGUUUUACGUUUCAGACCGUUGCUUUAACUUGCAAAGAGUUUUUUUUUUCUCUCUCUCUCUUCAUUUGCGUCUGAGAGGUGCACUUGCUUUUAUCAUGAAUGUACUUUCCGUUGCACUGGGUUAUGCCGCUGCCUCCUUGCAGACACCACGGGGUGAACAAGAACAGUCAUCAUGGCACAGUCAAACUGUUCACUGCCGCAGGACUGAAGCGCUAACGUUGUGUUGUCCACUCCGUCGUGACACGUUUUGUUCUCUCCACUCAGUCUUCAUUCUCUGUCUACGGGCUGGUACGCUUGGCUAAAUAUAUUUUGUAGCUCUAUAUUAAAACCUAUACAUAGUGAUCAUGUAUAAUUGUACGUUUUCAAUAUGGAAACUACUCGCUAAAUGUGCAUAUGUGUAUUUGUGAUGACCGUAUCAGUGGUUUGCACAAUGUAACCGACAUGCACUGAAAUACUGUGUGCUCUCUUGGUUCUAUAUUUGUUGAUGACAGAGAUGAGAGCCUGCAGACUGAACAGACGAGAGGGCUUUCUGACCUUUUCCACCUCUGUGGUGUUUGAAUCCUUCUUGAUUUUCAUCCAAAGCAUUUAACCACACCGUUGUGAAUUCAGAAUGUGGAGUGUGCGUGCGUUAACAUCUCUUACUCUUCAGUACAAAGAUGCUGCAAUUUGGGUCUGCGGACACGCCGUGGAUAAUAAUAACAAGAGGGCACAUUUCUUUUUCAUUUUUAAGAACAUUUACUCUAAAUAAUCUAUUGUUGAUACUGUGGUGAGAAGUGAUGUAUCGUGUUUGAGGUGCAUAUCGUCUGUCGUGGUGUUCUGUGUUUGGAUGUGAGUGUGUGUACAGAGUUAAGAGUGGAACAGCAGAACUUUUCCUCGACGAACGCACAGUGUUUUUGACUUGCUCACGGCUGUGACUGUGUUUCCACUCCACAGCCAUUGUAUGCGAAAACUUUUUUUUUUUUUUUUUACCCCACCAACACCAGAGUGAGAAUUCCCCCUCUGGCAGCACUGCUCAGACCCAAAAGAAUCACCGGAUUAUCAUUGACAGUUGAUGUGUCUGUCCCAGGUGCAGCGUGGCCCACAUUCCAGAUAUCUAACCCAUAUGUUGGGAGUAAUUGUUACUGAGUGUCACUGAUUUCAUUCAUGAUCUGUGUGUGUGUGUGUGUGUGUGUGUCGUGUGUUGUCAGAGGUGAUGUGUCAGUAUUUUCCCCUCGUACUACCUACUUCACCCUUUCACUUCUGUCGAAACUGUAUAGGUCGGCGUCGCUGUUCUCGACAAUGACAAGCAAUAGUUUUGCAAAAGGAUCUGUGAGAGUGAAAUCCUCCCUAAAACGACUCAUGCCAGCUGUGUCAGUCUACUCAGAUGUUGUUUUUCCUCCCAACCUUCAUUAAACGGCUGAAAAGUCUUUUAAAGCAUUUGGAUGGUUCACGGGAGGAUAAAACAUCUGGCCCAAGAAAGCACCUGUUAACUACCGCUCCUGCGCUUUGUGUGAAAUCCGUACGAAUAAUCUCACUGCACUGAACGCAGUAGCUGUCUAUGUAAGCAAGUGUGUCAGGUUGCCUUUGCUUACAUGUUGACGUCAUCUCUCAAAUGCAUUGAUUGUGUUAUCCAAAUGUGUGCAGUAGAUACUGUAUCUGCAUUAAAAGUAGGGGACUAGCCAGCGCUUUGUGUCAUGUCAUGUUCAAGAUGAGAUUUUAUAGGAAACAAAUUUGCUCCUUUUUUUUGUGAGGUUGGUGUCCUUUUUAUGGCUAUAAUCCAUAGUAAAUAAGAGUCUGUUGUUGUUGAACAUAAUCUGUAUGUAUUCAAGAUGAAAACAUGAAGCUGUGAUUCAUGUUAAUAUCCAACCUUCCAUAUUUUAAGUGCACAGCCGAUUGCACAUUUAUGUAUGAAGCAGUUUAUGUUGUAUGUAUGCAAAAAUAAAUGUAAAAUUACCCGAA